CACACAACCGAGUUUGUCUGGUCUCAAUCUGUGAAUACAACAUUGCAACGACCAGAAGUUUUAGCAUAAUUCUCAUCCCCUUCAUGAAGAAAAAAAAAAGUUUUGCUGGGCGAAUCAAUUGCGAAAACUCAUCACUUGGAAAAACAAUGAUGCAUGCAUGAAUAUGGAUAUAGUUGUAAAGUCAGAACGAUCAGGACCACUCUCAUUAUUACUUUGGACAAUUUCCUACAUCAAAAGGCAUACCAACUUGGUUCUGAGAAAAAGGCUUCUAGUCGGUAGUUUCUUGAUGACUACUUCAUAUUGUGUAGAUAAUACUUACUUUCGCCUGUUCUGGUUUUCUUGCAUACUUCCAGAACUUAUGGAAUGGUGCACGGUCAGAACACCAUUUGGCUUACAGACAACUCCAGAAACAAGCAACAAGUCAAUAACUGCUAGUCAAAAUUUACUCAAUCGACAUCGGACAUUUGCAUUGCGCGGGCCAUGACCCCGGGGAAUGUGGGGUUCACGACAGUUUAGUGCUUGCAGCAUGCCCCUGCAAGUCUGCAAUUGUGUAAUUGUUAUGGCCGUCGGCGAUGAUUAUUUGGCCUUGG